AUGGAUAACCCGGAUGGUCCGAAUUUGGAGCGGGACGUUCAGCGUAUUCUAGAGCUCAUGGAGCACGUUCAGAAGACUGGAGAGGUCAAUAAUGCAAAAUUGGCAUCGCUGCAGCAGGUGCUACAAUCCGAAUUUUUCGGUGCCGUCCGAGAGGUCUAUGAGACUGUUUAUGAAUCAAUUGAUGCGGAUACAACGCCAGAGAUAAAAGCCGCCGCAACAGCUAAAGCAACAGUGGCGGCGUUUGCUGCAGCCGAAGGCCACGCGCAUCCACGUAUCGUUGAGCUCCCAAAAACCGAUCAAGGGCUUGGAUUCAAUGUUAUGGGCGGCAAGGAGCAAAAUUCACCGAUUUACAUCUCCAGAAUAAUCCCUGGUGGCGUAGCCGACAGACACGGAGGUCUCAAACGAGGCGAUCAACUUAUUGCGGUCAACGGAGUGAACGUGGAAGCCGAAUGCCACGAAAAAGCAGUUGAUCUUCUGAAAUCCGCAGUCGGAAGUGUAAAGCUAGUGAUCCGUUAUAUGCCGAAACUCCUGGAUGAAAUGGAGCGGAGAUUCGAAAGACAGAGAAUUCGAUCCACUCAGCAGAGUCCAACACUCCCGACGCCGUCUUCUUCGACAAAUCCACGAAGAUAAAAAAGACGGAACAUUUGUAGAAAUCAAGAAUUCGAGAAUUUUUGGAAAAAAUACGAAAAAAGCCACAACAAAACUAAAUGUUACGGGAACACUAAAUUUCGAGAAUGCGUACUGCGCAACAUAAUUGACGCGCAAAAUAUCUCGUAGCGAAAACUACAGUAACUCUUUAAAAUAUUACUGUAGCGCUUGUUUCGAUUUACGGACAUCAUUUAUUAAUCGAUGAAAUAUCGAAAGAAAACACAAAAAAAAGACAACAAAAAAACAAACAAAAAAAUAUAUUUUUAUUUUUUAUACAAAUUUGUGUUCGAAUUGGUUUUUCGUUUUUUUUUUUGUUGUCUUUUUUAUGUUUUCAAAUGAUGUCCGUAAAUCGACACCAGCGCUACAGUAGUACUUUAUAAAAUUACUGUGGUUUUCUCUUCGAGAUAUUUUGCGCGUCAAUUAUGUUGUGCAAUACGCAUUCAUGUGCUCCCGUAAUAUAGAUAAUGGACAUUAAAACAAUAUUUCUAAAAUUUUUGCAUCAAAAUGUUUUGAGGCCCCACGAAAAGGGGAGCAAAACGAAAAGGGGAUCUGCAAAAAGGGGAUCUGCAAAAAGGGGAUCUGCGAAAAGGGGAGAUACGAAAAGGGGAGCAACGAAAAGGGGAGCUGGCACUGUGCCAAACGCACAAAACGCAAUUUUUCUCACGCAACGCACGUUGAUUUUUGAAAUUUUCUUCUAGAAGAUACGCUUAACAACACGCGACGCGUAACAUCGGAGCAUCGUUGUAUCGUUUUCUUCGAGAAAAAUAGCGCUUGGCACAGUGCCAGAUCCCCUUUUCGUUGCUCCCCUUUUCGUAUCUCCCCUUUUCGCAGAUCCCCUUUUUGCAGAUCCCCUUUUCGUUCUGCUCCCCUUUUCGUGUGGCCUCAAUGUUUUACUGCAAGAGUUCGCAUUUUUCUGCAAACAUUGAUUAGUUUAGCCGAGAAAAUAGAACUUUUGUAGCAAUAUUGAAAGAUCUUUUCUUGAAACUGAAAUUUUCGCUGAAAAGUUUGCAUUUUCCACCAUAAAAUCCCUAUUUUUUCUAUUUUUUUCCAGUUCAUGUAUACUCAUUUCUAACUUCUUCUCUUCUAUUCUUUGUUCUAGAUUUUUAGAUAUCCCUAUAUGUACAUUAUUAUCUCUUUUUCCGUUUUCAGACAAAUUUCCAAAACAAUGUUAAUCUCAACACUCACCCUCUCCCCAAAUUAUUGCCCAAAAAUUGCUUUAAUAAUCUUGCUUUGCCUUACGUUCUUUCAAAUAGGUGCUUUUCUCCAUGUAUCUUUAAUAACUAAAUUUUUAAAAUAAUUU